AGUAAAGAGAAAAUUUUAGAAAAUUUCAAAAUUCUGAAUACCCCGCAACGGUCUCUUGUUCAAUUUUCCGAUUCCCUGGGCAAAUGCAGAAGACCCUACAAUUCAUAUUCCAACCUCUCAUCUCAGAUCCCAUUCUACUCUUCAAUUCAAACGGGAAUAUGAUUCAUUCGUCCCUGAGCCUUCAACACCCAGUGUUUUCGCCGCACUGUUCUCACAAUUGCCCCUCACAGAAGCACCGCAUACAGAAAACAAUUCUGUGUUCCAGAAACAAGAGAACGAGACAUGGGUUUGAAAGAUCAACAAAGCUCGCGCUCCAGUCAGCUUAUAUUAUUGCUUCGAAAUCUGGGAUUUUACCGGAGCCAUUGGAGUUACUGUUGAGAGAAUUCGGAGGUGGGAAUAGAGGGGGUAAUGGAGGAGGAUUUAGACCCUGGAAUGGAUUUGGAUGGGGAGCUUUCGAUGGAUCGAAAAAGAGAAGGAAAUCGAUAUUGGGAAUUUUAGGUAUUUUAGUAAUUUUGGGUGUUGGGCUGUGGUUAGUUUUGGGUAAAGAUUUGGUUAUAGAUGGUGAUGUUUUCUUCGGAAGCUUGGGUUUAGUUUUAUUUGGGUUUUCAAUAAAUGGGUGGAAAAGAGGAGCUAAAGAUUGGAUUUUGGGGUUUUGUUGCUGUGCUGUUUUGAUGGGUUUUUUGUGCAAGAAAGAAAAUCUUGAGGGAUGUGUUAGGUAUUUUAGGACUAUGAAGCUGAAUAGAAGAAGAAAAUGGAGAGUAUUCUGAGGAACCACUAUUUUUGUUUUUGUUAAAAAUUUUGGUGACUAUGAAUUUUUAUUAUUUCUUUAUGUUUGUGAAAUUUGCACUUUGUUUCAAGAGAAGGAUUUUUAUGUUUUUGGUUUUUGCGGUGUUGGUUUUGUGCAUGAAUUUAAAUUUGUGUCCAUGCUUAAUAUCUUAGAAGUAUUAAGCUUUCUAAAUUAUUGAUAACAAGGGAUGUUGCAAGAAAUAAGUAAGGUGCAACAAAUUGUCUGAAUAAUAAUCAAAUCAAUUUACACUUUUUUUUUUUUUCGUCAAUUGAACAAUAGAAUAGGUGCUGGCAUUCUUUCAUCAACAGUCAUACGUGCUGGCAUGAUCCAGACGUACAAAUUGGUUUGGUUCACACUUUUUUGGUACAAAAAAAGUCACUUUUUCGAAUCAUGAGGAAACCCUAGUACACUUUCAAUAUAGUGAAAACUUGGAUCACUAAGUGGGUAUAGCACUUAAAUUCAUGUUGAACCAUUAUAAAACUUUGUCUGCUUUGCUCGUAUUCUGAUUGCUUUUUGUUUAUUAUUGCUCUCGGAAGGAGGGAUUAGGACUUAAUCCAGAACAAUAGAGCAGUUUCAUUUCAAUAUUUUAUGUUCUCAGCUUUUCUAAAUAUAAUGCCUUAAUGGUAUGUUUAAUAGGAAGGAUUUGAUAGUAUUGGUUAGAAUUGAAGAAGAAUAGUCCUGUGUACCAAACACGCACCAGGUGUUUUUACAGUAUGAAUGUUGUUCAAAUCAACAAUAGAAAUGGAGCCACAUUGAUUGUAUGUCCUGGACUGUUGUCUGAAAAUCACAAAGAAGUGUUGUUGUCCCAACCAUUAUUGAUCAUAGCAAAAAAGGCAAUAGUCCCAAUCUACUUUGUGCUUUACAAUCAUCGGAUAAAAGGCUGAAAGUGAUGUGUCAUCCUUAGAAAUGUAGAAUCUCUUAUAUAAACUGAUCCAUUGUAUGUGUCUAUUUGAGAUUGUGUGUCACCCAACAGUGUCCAAAAAACUUUGAAAACUUAUACUACUACUCAUCUCUGAAUGAGAAGGCAGUGAUGGAUGUGAAAAGUAUUGAAAGGGUAUAUCCAGUUACUGGAUCAAUAUGUGUCAAAAAACUCAAUAACUGUAUAAUAUUUGCAGCCAGUGUGGAUAUGGUUGCAAAAUCUAUAGAGAGGAGAAACAACAACUGACUAAAGUUCCAAAUGAUUUGAUCAUACAAAUUGAAGAAAAGAGGGUUCUCACGUGCAUAAGAAUGGUAUUUCAGAAUCGUGGAUGUGGCAAUCUCAGUCUCCAGAUUGAUGAACUCCCUGGUGGAAGCAAAAUGUUUUUAGUUUGGAAGGUCAAUCUUACAGCAUCAAAUGUUACUCCACUUUAUUGUGCCGCUCACUUCUUUGAAAUGAGUGAUGAUCUUGACCAAGGAAAUCUGAUUUCGAAAACUGAGUCCUUUUUGAGUUAUAUUAUCGUUUCAUCAUGGAAGGAUACAUUUAGAAUUUUUAAAAGCUGCGAAUCCAUCUCUUCUUGGGAAAGAGACUUGCAAAUAUUGAAAUGACGCUCUGAAACAAUUGCUUGGGAAAUCUGUAUGAAUGUAAAUGCAAAUAGCAGUGAGGAAAAUGAAGUGUAUUUGAAAUAUUUUGCCUGAAAGCAUAAAUCACAUGGAUGCUGACAAUUUAUCAGAUCACUGUUGGUUCGAAGAUCUUUCAUUUCUUCGAAUAGAUCACUUCAUUGAAGUAAUAGAAUCAAUUAAAAGGAGAAAGAUUCAGCCUAAUCUUGUAGGUUCUUGUAUUGCUCACUGGACAGUUAAGUGGUUUUCUGGAAUCACAUUGCGGCACAACAAUCGAAAUCAGAAAAAUCUGACCGUGCAAAUGCAUAAAUUUUCGACUGAAUGUCUGAUUAAGAUACUGCCUGCUGAAAGAAAUUCAGUUUCCUGCAAUUUUAUACCUCAUUUUUUAAAGGCAGCUCAUAUCAUGAAAAUUGAUUCAGAUUUGCUACACAAGCUCGAAAGAAGAAAAGCUAUCAUGCUUGAAAGCUGUAAAGUUACAUAUCUUUUAGAUAAGAGUGGUGUCACUCUUUUUUUGACAUGGUCAUUAUUACUAAAGCGGUCGACGCUUAUGUUUCCUUUACUUCAGGCACAUCCUAACCUGACAGAAGAAAAAGGAAAUGUAUUAUGGGUGCUGGAAUACCAUAAACUAUCCCAAGAUGCACGCCAGUGAACUUUAGCACUCAGUUUAUGCUUCUUGAACAAGUUGAUAUGUCAAGAUCUUUCAUGGCUGCUGCAUCGAAUAACCAGAGAACAAAACCAGAGGCAAUUCUGCGAGUUUGUAAAGGUACGGGGAGGGAUGGAUAAGCUCCCAGAAAGAAAUAAAGUUAAUUAAAGAAGACGUUAUGAUGUUGAAAUUUCAAGUUGGUGAAUUGCAGCUACGUAAGGUGGAGCUCCAAAAGCAUAUGAAUGCAGGGGUGAUUUUACCUGGAUGGUUCUGCGCGUGAUAACGUAAUUGAACAAUUUCUUCACUUCUGAUCUGCUUGCAAGGCUUAGAACAAAAGGAACUCCUCUUUCUCGAAUGCAAUGAAAUAUGAAUUUACUGCUGUAUGUUUACUUCGUUAUCUUGGAUUAACAGGAGGAGUGCUGUUGUAUAUGUUGAUUGAUGGAACAAGAUUGUGCUAUGAGGAUGUAGAAUUAAUCCACAGUGAAAGCAGUGCCUUCUUCUCUCGCUAAUGAUGGCUGAAGAUGAAAGAAGCAGGGUGGAACCAGAAAGCAGUUCUUCUCCCAACCCGAACCCGUGCCCCAUUUGCCUCGGACCCAUCACUCAAGAUUCCUAUUUGGACCAGUGUUUUCAUAAAUUUUGCUUUAAUUGCAUUGUAAGAUGGACCAAUAUAAUCGCUAGCAAGCACUCUUGUGGACCUUCAUCCGUGAAGUGCCCUCUGUGCAAGACCGAAAACCUAUCUAUUGUAUACGGAUUUGAUGGAAGUUCAUUUCAACGGCAUUAUGUUAAUAGGGAUUUAAGGAAUAGUAAACUCUUCAGCGAGUUCUUUUCAGAAGCUCACCGGUAUAGAUUGAAAUGCUACUACACUGAACCAGGAAACUUAGCUGAUAAAGUAAAAGUGUCAAGUUACUGGAAGUCACACAAGUAUCGUCAGCAGAAUCGUUGGCUACAUGAUUGGUUGAGAAGGGAAAUUCAGGCUGUAACUCAGGAGGAAGAUGUAGAUAUUAUUGUUCAUCACAUAUUUGGUGUGAUCGACUCUUUCAGAAGAGAUGCAGUAAAACAUUCCAAGAUUUCUACUGAGACGAAGCAAGAAGAGUUCAAAUUGUUGGUUUCUCAGGCAGUCAGACCUUUCUUGAUGGGUAGAUCGGAUAGGUUUGUGUACGAGUUAGAACUAUUUCUGGCAUCAGGAUUGAAAAUUGAUGCCUUUGAUAGAGUUUAUAUCAAGCAUUUGGGUUGGAAUAUUCCUGAAAUAAGCAAGGGGGAGGAGGAGGAGGAAGAGCCAGAUGGAACUCAUGAACAUGAACCUUCAAUUCCAUAUUUGUACAUCCUUGAUCAAGAUUCUGAUGAUAAUUGAGUAUUUGCUUUGUAAUCUUUAGUUCAAAUC